AUGAGCCCCGUCCCAGGCCGCCCGUUCGACGCCGGCAUUCCUGCCACUUGGUUCCGCGACGAAUGGAAGAGCCCGAGCAAUUACGCGUUCACGAUUCUUCUGCUGCUCGGCGGCGAUGUCGUCGCUAAGGCAUUGGCGCAGCUAGCCGGCGGUAGACUGACCCCCGUCGCAUUCUCCUUCGGAUGGGUGUCUUAUGCAACAUCGGCUGUCAACUCGGCCAUCGGAGAGCAUAAACUGAUGCCCGAUGCUGACACGGGUUGCUCUCUUAUCAACGGCAAGAACGGCUCCGUUCGUGGCAAUGGGUCGUGGGUAUUAGGCCGCAUCAUGCGAGACUACCACUGGUGGAUGACGGAUGAGAUCAAGGUCGAGACGGAAAGAGUCCUCAAGUCUGCUCGCCAGUACGACCUCGAAGCUGAGAAGAAGAAGCAUCCUCAGCUUCAAAAGCCCGUGCCCGAACGCGUCCAAGCGGGCUUAGUUGUCAGUUUCUGGGAAGCCAGCGCCACGAAAACCGCUGGAAAGCCAGGAAAGGACAUCCUCUACUGGUCGGGCAUCUGCGUCUCGUUCGUCCAGCUCGGCGUCGCCGCGAUACCUUGCGGGCUGUACGGAGACUGGGGCGUGCUGCUGAUCACCGCCGCUGCUAUAGCCCUCUGUUUCAUCACGGGGUCGCUGACCCAGUGGAAGGUGGAAAAGUGGGCGUGUCGCCAACUCGACGGCAAAGAGAAGGUCUUUGUUCUGACGCGAGGGAAUGGCGCGCAGCACGCAAUCCUCAUCGACAGCAAAGGACGUGGGCUGGAUCUCGAGGACCUCGCAACCGGGUUUGCCAAUGUCGAUGCGCCGCAUAUCACUAUGUCAUCACGUCUGAUCUAUGCGCUGCUCGGGGUCUUGUGGGUCUUGCUCCUUAUUACAAGCUCAGCGCUGAUCGACGAUGCCUGGUUCCUGAUCGCGGUCGGUGGAAUCGGCAUCCUGCAAAACAUGUUUGUUGCUGGCUGGAAUAGGAAGCCAGAGGCGUUGGGCGUGCCGGUCGACUAUGUUGGCGUAUAUGGCAGUCCGAAGGUCAUUGAUACGCUCUACGAGGUCGAACGUAGGUAUGAGAAGGUUGGCUUCAACAUGGUUGGGACUUUCUUUCCAAGUGGCAUCAGGGACCACGAGCAGGCGACCUUUGAUGCAAUCAAGCAAGACCACAAGAGGAGGAAAGAGGCCGAAUCGAAGCAGUCCUCGUCAAGCAACGGUGGUGGAGACGGGGAUGAGAAGACACGGAUGGGCGAUGCCACAGUCACAAUGGCAACGACAGGGUGA